AUGGCGGCAAGAGCUGCAUACGAUCAGCCUGACAUUGAACUAACGCAAGCGGAGAUUGCCGCCGAGAUCCGCAAACAGCAAGAGUAUGCUGAUCUUGCAUCGCAUGCUCAGUGGCAAGGGAGGGCACACGAUGAACAGAUUGACAGGGAAAGGGACAUUGUCGAGGCUGAGAGGUCUUUACUCGGAUUUCAAGUGGUGCGCAAAGCUCGGUCGAGGAAACGGGGGGCAGACGCACCGGCUGGUGUCACUCCUGAGAAGGACGCUGUGGCCAGAGAUGAGCGGACAGACAGGGAGCUGACUGACACCGAGCGGCGGUCCAACAGAUUGCGCAAGAGACCAGUUGGGGUGGGGCGGGCCUUGGGACAGGAACUUGAAGAAGCUGCAGGAGACAACAGAAGUGGAAUUAGCGACCUGCCACGGGCAUCAGCAGAUGGGCAGCCGGCGGAGCCGGCCCGGGGGGGUGAGGACAACCGGGCAUCAGAGAAUAAUGAGGAACGGAGCAGACAAGAGCCUCGACAAGGACAAGGCAGUCGUACGAACCCCUUUUCCGUGUUGCAACCAGGAGGAGCCGGCUGGGACGAGUGGGAAGCGAACGAACAGAAUCCAAAACAGCAAAAUGACCCCGCCGGUCCACGCGCGGCUGAAGAGGGGACACGCCGAGCGUUUCGUGAGGAGGAGCCAGAAAGGAGAGCUCACAAGAUGGCCCCGCUUGCAGCGGACAAAGAAGCCGGGAUCCUUCGAAGGCUUGAGCAGCUCGCUUCUCUCGGGGAGAUCACGACGAAAGCUGACAUGGCAAGGGAGUUUGGGGUCCGCCCGGAGCAAAUUCAAGAGCUCGUGGAGAGGGUUGGAGCGAACUUGCCUGUUGCGUGGCACACCAUGAGAGGGCAGUUCGGCACGCUCCUCUAUCCAGCAAGCACCCCCCUCGUCGAGGUCCUGCACAAGAACUGGCACAGGUUGCGGAGGGACAAUGAGGGGCUUCGGGCCAAGGUGGACUCGUUGCGGAAGGAGCUUCAUGAUGCACAACAAGCCGCACGCGGAAAGGUGCUCGAGAAAAGCGCGAAGGUCGUCAACGAGCUGCUGAGGAACGAGGUGCAGCGCCGACGGGCCAUUAACUACAAGUCGCCGCAGCAACGGGGGUUCGAAAUCCAGAACUUUAACCUAGAGGAGGAAAUCAAGAAAACAAACCCCCAGCUCCUCCAAUUCUUCCUCAACUUGUCGCUUAACGAGACGGCGGUAGCAGCGCAACGAAAAGGCGAACGGGGAGGUGAAGCGGGGGGCCAGCCAACUUCGGGGGUCCAAGACAACUACGACACUGAGCGGCGAAGGCUGCGGGUUCUAUAUGCAAUCAACGUGUUGAUCUUUGCAAUCAACCCCGAGGCCAAGCACCCCUUCCAUCUACUGCUUGCCGACGUUGUAGAGGCCCUGGGAGGCCGGCUUACACUCCUAAGAGUCCUGAAUCAGCUGGGCGUUUGUGCCGGGAAAGACACGCUGAACCGGUACACAGAAAACGUGGGGUCCGCUAUCAUGGCGGAGGGGCCCUUCGCGCAACUUCCGCCAAGCUGCGAUGGAUCGUUCAUAAUUUGCAGCAUCGACAACGCAGACAAAACGGCCAUCAGAGCCCUGCGUCGGUUCGACAAAACAGUGCCCGACAUGCACGUGGUAACAUGCCAGAUCCACUGCAAACCGUCCAUUAAGCUCCACCCUUCGGGCAACCCUUUGACAACGCCCCAAGACACCCUUCAACCCGAAAUCGACGAAUUGGAACUAGGCGGAACGACACCGAAAGCCUCUGGUAGCACCGAGGAAAAAGUAAACCUGCGAGCCAGAACCCUAACGGAAGGCAAAGAACCGGGCGGAGCAAGCAGUGGGACAACGGAAUUCAGCUUACCCGGAGAUCCGUGGAACAACAAUCGGCCGGGGGGGUACCAGGGCUUCUUUACGGACCUCGUAGACGCCGGGGUGACGGCAGAGCGCGUCCUCGGCCUCACUGCACAGGAAACGGCGGCAGCAGAGCGGUUCAGCGAGGAGAUGUUUGGGUUGAUUGUCGAGCGAGAACGGACUGCAACUUUGGGAGUGCCGCGCCGGGCCUUGCAAGACGACCUCGCUCGUAGCCCCACGGUACCUAGUGGUUCCGGAAAAGCCAGAGGGGACCAGCAAACGUGGAAAUACAUGGACGACUUGAAAAUGGAGCACACGGAGUUGUUCAGCUGGGUGUUGCACAUGCCUGGCGACUGGCACACUCUGCUCAACGCGCAACCAGUGAUAAAAAAAAUAUUUUUCCACGCGGGGUUAGAGGAGAUGGCAACAAAAUUUGGCUACGUCGAGGGUUCGGUCAAAGGAACGCUAGAAGAAAGCAGUAACUUCCGCAGAAAUAACUGGUUCAUUGUAGAAAGCUGGGAGGGGGGUCAGCGGACCCUGUUUUUAGUCUUUUUGAAGGAGAAAAACUACGAUAUCGACAGCCCGACAUUGGACGAGAUCUUAGCGGACCCGAGCAGGGUGUUUGGCGACCGCACUUGCGAGGCGUUCAACGGAACGGACGAAGAGGCGGAACGGAAGGAAGCGGAGCUCCAGUGGCGCAUCCAGGCGACCCUUGACAAAGCAGGCGCGGACAAUAUGAGGGAGCUGUGGCAGGAGUAUCUCUCUGGGGUGCUGAGCGUCGGGUCAGACGAGGGGCACGAGAUGGGCAUUAACUUAGAGCUGAAAGAAGAGGUGUUGGGAGCGCCACCAACCGCAGAGAGUCUCCCUCUGAAAACAAACACGCUGAACUUGAGAACUAGGGGCGUCAAGAACUUCAGAAAACAAAUCG